UCCAUGCACACUCGCCUUUUGGAAGAUUGAGAACACAUUUUGGAUUGGACUUUUUCUUGGAGGGGACUUGUCAAAAGAUACAGCGUUUGUUGGCGUGGCGAAGGCAAACAGCCAUGCACCUGAAUCGAGAGGACGAGGACGGGAAAGGUUCUUUGUCUCUGAGUGUGUUCCUGGUCUCGGUGGGUUUAACAGUUUGUGUCGUAUGGCUGGUUGCACUAUGUGGGGUCUGUGGAUGGUGCCAACGCAAACUGGGGAAGAGGAAUAAGCCGGGGGUGGAGACAGCAGGAACCCCAGACUCGGUGUCUGUGUCUGGGAGAGGCAGAGGAGAAAAUAAAGCCAUCAAUGAUCUAGACAGGGACUUUUGGAACAACAACGACAGCAGCAAUGUGCAGCAGCGAUGGAGCUCCUACCCACCCAAGGAGUUCCUCUUAAACAUGUCCCCCUACGCCCCCUAUGGAGACCCUCGCCUCACGCCCAAUUUUGGGGACCCCUCUCUGUCCACCACCUCCACCCUGGAGCACAUCCCAUCCUCAGCAGCCUGCCCCAGGCCCCUGGUCAGGCAGCAAAGCCUCCAGCAGCCCUUAACCCACCAGCCCCCACCAGGCCCCAACGACCCCCCAGCCACCUCCCAGAGUCUGGGCCAACUGCACACUGGGCCCGGGGGUGGGGGCCACCGGGGGGGCCCGCGGGGGGUGCGUGGUAGCCCGGCUGGGGCAGGGGCAUCCCGCUACAGGUCGGGUGGAGGGGCACGAUCACGCUCCAAUCCUGGAAGCUGGGACCACAUGAUGGGACAGAUCCGCAACAGAGGCAUGGAUGUCAAGUCAUUUCUAGAGGGCAAGAUGGUCGUGCUGACUCUCGCAAUUGGAUUGGCCGAGCAAGAUGACUUUGCCAACCUUCCAGACUUACAGGAGGCACCACCGAGCAAGGAAACGCCUCCGGCUGACAAACGAACCACUGGUAACAAACCUGGAAGCAGCCCCAAGGGCCAAACUCCUGACGAGAGCAACCGCCGGACAGACGCCAACUCUUCCGUCUCAGACCUUGCCAACUCCGUCACCAGUGACAUGCUGAUGUUGUCCCCAGGCUCUGAGGAAGAGGAACACGAAGGGCCAGUGUGCGAGAAGUUGGGUCGCAUCCAGUUCAGCGUGGGCUACAGUUUUCAGGACUCCACCCUAACAGUCAAGAUUCUAAAAGGUCAGGAUCUACCUGCGAAAGACUUCUCUGGAACUUCAGACCCAUUCGUCAAACUCUACCUUUUGCCAGACAAGAAGCACAAACUUGAGACCAAGGUCAAAAGAAAGAACCUCAACCCUCACUGGAACGAGACUUUCCUGUUUGAAGGGUUUCCUUUUGAAAAGGUGGUGCAGCGCACACUGUAUCUGCAAGUGCUGGAUUAUGACCGUUUCAGCAGGAAUGACCCUAUAGGAGAGGUCUCCAUCCCCCUGAACAAGAUUGAUCUGGCUCACAUGCAGACCUUCUGGAAGGAGCUGAAACCCUGCAGUGAUGGCAGUGGAAGUCGAGGUGACCUGCUUGUGUCUCUGUGUUAUAAUCCCACUUCCAACAACAUCACUGUGAGCAUCAUAAAAGCACGCAAUCUCAAAGCCAUGGACAUUGGGGGAACAUCCGACCCCUACGUUAAAGUGUGGCUGAUGAACAAAGAUAAACGAGUGGAGAAGAAGAAGACAGUGGUGAUGAAGAGGUGUUUGAAUCCUGUGUUUAAUGAGUCGUUCCCCUUUGAUGUCCCUGCUCACGUCCUCAGAGAGACAACCAUCAUCAUCACAGUCAUGGACAAGGACAGACUGAGUCGCAACGAUGUCAUUGGCAAGAUCUAUCUCUCAUGGAAGAGUGGCCCAGCGGAGGUAAAACAUUGGAAAGACAUGAUGAGCCAUCCGCGCACUGCCGUUGCCCAGUGGCACGCUCUCAAAGCUUGAAGGGCCGGUCCACCAAAAGUAAACAAAACCCAUCAAAACCCUGUUGAUAUGCACAAGUUUAAACACAGGGACCAAAAGCCAUCCAACUAUCUUUCUUUCUCUCUCUGUCUGUCUUUCUCUCUUUCUCCCUUCUCAAUUUUUUCCUGCAGUUUGGUUAUGAAGAGACUGCUUUUGUUUACCACUUUUAUUUUUCCCACCAAAAAAGAGGCUAAGCACUGCCAAGAAGAUUUGAAGAGAAAUUCCUAUGUAAUGGAGAUGUAAACAGACUCGUCUUCCUUGAGAAAAAAGUCUGACAACUCAACUGUUCUUUGAACAGCUGGACCGCCAAACAGGGUGACAUCUAUCAUUGAACUUCAUUCACUGAAAUUGAAACAGCUGAAAACAAUCCAUAAAACAGCCACUUCUAUUUUUUUGUCUCACCUCCCUCAUGCCGUCACCUCUAAGCAUACGGAAAGAUCCGGAAGGAUCGCAACCACAGUGCAAUACCUAGUUGAAAGGGGGAUGAACUUGUUGUUUGUUGGACUUUGUCACCUCUUGAUGUUUUUCUCAGAACAGUGUAAAAAAUUGCUCUUUCGCUGGAACUCUUCGUUGUCUGUAUGUACUGUGGGUGCUGUUAUGUGACAGAAAAAAAUGAGGUUUGUUUUUUUGAAAAACAAGAAAAACAUACAAAUUCAAACUCACUUAAAUUGAUUUGAUCAGUUCAAGUGCAUGGAGGAAAAAUUUGAAAAAUGUUGAGAAUUGAGUGAGAAUUGUAAAAAUUGUUUGUGGGUUUGUCUUAGACUCACAACAUAGGUCUACUCUACACAUGCACUUGAACGCAACCACUUGAGCAUGACUAGCAUUACGAAAUGUGUCUGAGUGCAAUGCGUAAUGCAAAACUAGUAUGUGUUGCAUUCUUUGCAUUGCCGCAAGGUCAGUUUUCUCUUUCAGGUCAACUACUAUAGUGGCGAAGCCACAGUUUGAAAAUAAUCUUAACAUGUUCAUAGCUAGCUACCUGAACAAUAACCCAUCCACUUUAAUGGCACAGCAAUUUAAAAGUAACUCUAUCAUCCCCAUGAGUACUAAAGGCUAAAGUACUCUUAGUUUUUCUGUGUUGCUGAUCGGAUUGGCACAGUAUGCAUGGGGCAAAUUUCGCCUUGUCUGUGCGCAUCGUCUGCGCAUGCGCCUGCCGUAUUAAAAGUUAACUGUACUAAAAGAGUAUUGCAAAGCAGUCGAAAUAUGCACGCGUCGAACGCGUUCAUAUUUGCACGUGGUCAAAAGAGCAUACUUUAAAAGGCUAAGCACUCGACCCUGUGCGAGGCGAUCCGGUACACAGAAAAACGAAGUAUACUUGAGCCUUAAGAUUUGUUAUUGCCACAGUAAUGCAAGAAUGCAUACUAAGUAUGUAGGCUACCAUGCACCUGCAAUGCUUUGGCCCAGUGUUUCCAUCUGCAGUUGAGUACUUGUGUAGAUGUUUCUGGCCUUACAGUUAAACAUAGACCAUUAAAAUGUAUUUCCAAAGCAAAGAGCGGUAGAGAAGAUAGGGUUGUGUAUGUAUGCGAGUCUGUAUUUGCACACACCUGUGUGUUUGAAGUGUGUGUUGGCAUUGGAGCCAGAACUGUAGGAAUCCUUUUAUCUAAAGCAGCAUUCCUCAUGCAAUGCACAUGUCUUGCAGAGGGUUGCAUCAACCACUUAACCAGUAUGCAAUUACACUGCCAAUGUGAGUUCAACCGCUGCCAAUAUGCUUUUCAUUUGUUUUCAGACAGUUCAUUUCCAAAAGGGCUGGGUGAGUUGUAAAUGUCCUUCGAAAUUAAGAUAUACAUUUAAGUGAACUAAAUCCUAAGAAAAAGAGAUAAGUGAAACCAGAAAAUAUAACGCAAGUCAUGUAACUGUUUGAAUUGUUUGUGCGUCUGUUGAUUAGUGUGUAUUUGUUUGUCACAGUCAGUUGUCAAUGUGUUGAGGAUUGGAUUACAAUGGUCAAAUGAUUGAUUCGUAAGUAAGUUACAUUUAGUUGUUACUUAUGCUGCCUUCAAGUCUUCCUGUGAAGUUCCUACUUACGAGUUCGGAAAUUGUAAUUACGACAUUAUUCGAUUUUGGUUGGAUAAAAAUAGACAAAUUGUCCAAAUUUAUGCUCAUUGAUGCUUAAUCUGGGUAGGAAAUCAUGGUUUGGUCAGGCAAGUUUGUCAGUACAUAAACCGACUAAAUCAGGGGUUUUUAAACUGUAAGCCUGUAUAAAUAUACUGUAUAUAUCUCCACUUAAACAGCAGUACAUCCUGGCCACUUAUUUGAAGUUUUAUCAGGUAUUGUCCUCUAGUGUUAUAUUAUCAAAAUUCUUCAUAUGUCAGGUGAUGGAGCAAUUCACCAAUGAUGAUCAAUAACCUCAAAUUCAGACUGAUAUGCUAUAAAUAUUUCUUUUAAUCAAAUGAAACCGUAUUUUAUUAAAAAUACAUGUUUGUUUUUAUGAUAAUGGGAUUACUUAACUGUUUUUUAGCCUAUAUUUGUGAUAAACUUGCAUCACAUGAGCUAGUCUCUGUCUCAAUUUGAAACUGCACUUGUCACAAACACAUGAAUACACAUCGACCCAAUAUCACAUUGAACUCGUAAUAAUGGACACGUUGGAAUUUUGUUCCACAUAUUUUCGGAUUUUCUACCUACAUGCCGCCACAUGAGUUCUCCGGUAUUUUUUCUCCCUCAAUAUAACAGCGCGCACACACACUCUCUGAGUGAGAGCAGGGAGAUUUCAGAGAGCAGCGUAUAUUUGAGAGCACGCGUUCAGUUUUGUCGCGCAGCCGGUACAUGAAUGCGCUCUCGCGUGCAUGUUGUGCGCUCAACAUUAACAGUAUUAUAAUGCCAUAGAGCUAUGGUCUAUUAAGCUGGAAUAUGGUCUGUAAAGCUAUUAAUUUAAACUUUUCUUAAAAAUAAAUUUUUAUGGUGUUUAUUUAUCUUUUGAUUUUACUUUUCUCCGCGUGUCCCCUGACAUGCUCUGGCACCCCCCUAGGGAGGCGCGCCUCCCAGUUUGAAAACCGUGGGACUAAAUGAAUAGUAUUUCAUGCUGUUGUUCAUCAACAGGACACAAAAUGUUUACAAACUCAAAUGUACAGUCCACAUUCACAGUCACGUUUUAUAAAAAGAAAAUUCCACGGGUAAUUUGUCAGAAUACAAUUCAUUACGGCAGGCGUUAUAGCGUUAGCGUAAACUUGUCUAAGUACAAUCAGUUUUCUCUUUCGAUUCAACUACUGUCGUGUCGGAGAAACAGUUAAAAUUUUAACAAAAUUGUCAAUUUAAUUUGGGGCUCAAAGAAAAUCCUGAUCGUUCUACUGGUAAUUUGUGCUUGUAGCAUAAGGAAUCUUGUAAAUACGAUUAUUCCUACAUGACUUGAAGGCAGCAUUAGCCCAGCUUUCAGACUAGUGUUAUAACAUAAAUGCCAAGUUUCUUUUAAUUGUAGAUGGGAACUGAUACAAGUCCACAGGAUAUAAUAGCAAUACUAUUAUAUGUUGUUUUCUGUCUCUUAAAGUGUUACUUAUGUAAUGGAGAAAAGGCAGAUAUAGAAAGGGAAGAUUGUUACCCGAUUGUUACCAUGUCAACAGUAAAAUUAAACCUAAGGUUCACCAUUAUGAAAAAUGACUAUUGAUAUUAUUAACACAGACCUCAAAUGGUCCUUAAGAUGACUAAACCUCUUUGAAGAAGCUAACUGCUUUAUCCAUACUUGAAAUAAAAAGUCAAUGUACUGUAGAUAAGCAAUAUUAAUGUUAAAACAUUUAUAAGGUAAAUGUAAGGAAUCUCUUCAGGGUAAGGACUUACGGUCAUAUUUGUACUGCUUUAAAUACACAGAUAUACACAUACAAACACAUAAGCAGUCCUUUCAGGAAGUGAAACAACAUAUGACCUUUCUCCCCUCCAUAUGCCUGUGUCACAUCAGAUGUGAAUAUCACUGCCAGACGCUUCCCACAGCAUGUCGUCCCGCCCAGAAAAAUCGUGAUAACAGUAAAGCACUUACAAUGGAAGUACACUUGGCAAGGCAAUAAAAAGUAAAGCCACAAAACCUAGUAAUAGAAUUGCUUACUGAUCUUAUCUGUGCCAAGUUAUAUCCAAUCUUAUAUCCAAUCCAUGUCAAGACCAUAUAGGCCUAACACUGUUAAACCAGAUAACUUUCACAUCGUACAAAAAGGAGACAUGAUGCAACUAUCCAUAAUGCACUCUUUGCAUACAGCAUGCAUAUAAUUAUUUCUGACAUGCAUAACCAGAAGUUCACCCACCUAGAAAAAUAGUCACACCUGAAAAAGGACUUUACAUUUUGUUUUACUGAAUAAUUCAUGUAAGUGCUUUAUCAAAAACACAAGCAUCACAUUUGUGCUUUUAUAACCUUCAUAUUUCCUCGCCCUUGUAGACUUGCAUUGUAAGUGCCUUACUGUAUCUGAAAUGUAUGCCCCUCAUCCAACCCUGUCUCAUAAUAAGACGUAAUAAUUAGUAUGAGAUGGUGAAAUCGUAAGAAAGCUGACGAGUCGAUGAAUGUUUUUUUUAUUCCAAUAGUGAAAAACUAACCAUCAGAUGAUGUUACUACGUUUUUCCUUAGAUUUAACUGCUAACCCAACCCUAAAGUCUAACCCUUUACCCAAACCCUAAACCUAGCCAUGAUGUCAACAGGAAACUUUUGUGUACCAUGGAAGAAAGAAAACAGAGUAUGGAAUGAGAUGAGAGAAGCGUAUAACAGGUUAUUAACAUAAAUUACAUUAGUCAUUUAUAUUGCAUAAAUAAAUAUGGAAUGAGUAAUAAAAUUUGUUAAUUGACAUCCUUUCUUAAAGCAGUAUUCCGGGUUCAAUACAAGUUAAGCUCAAUCAACAGCAUUUGCGGCAUAAUAUUGAUUACCACAAAAAUACAUUUUGACUUGUCCCUCCUUUUCUUUAAAAAAAAAAAAAAAAAAAAAAAAAAAGAAGCAAAAAUCUGGGUUAUAGUGAGGCACUUACAAUGGAAGUGAAUGGGGGCCAAUCUUUAAAUGUUAAAAUACUCACUUUUUCAAAAGUAUAGCCACUAGACAUAAACAAUAUGCUUGUAAACAUGAUUUUAGUGUGAUAAAAUCACUUACUAACCUUUUCUGGGUAAAGUUAUUGCCAGUUUUACAACUUCGUUGCCAUGACGAUGUAAUGACAACAAAAUGACAAUUUUAACAACUUUACAGCUCAAAUAAUACGAGUUUUAACAGAAAAGCCUUCAUAAAAUUAUACGUUUCAAAUUUCUGCCUUUAAACUCUCCAAAAAUUGGCCACAUUCGCUUCCAUUGUAAGUGCCUCACUGUAACCUUGAUUUUUGCUUUUUUAAAGAAAUGGAGGGACAUGUCGAAAUUAAUUUUUGUGGUAAUCAACAUUAUGCCACAAAUGCUGUCGAUUGAGCUUAACUUGUGUUGAACCUGGAAUAUUCCUUUAAAAUAAAGUGCUGGAUAGGAGGCUAGCUAAAAUGUGAUGCCUUUAUUGUAUCGACUUGAAAUUCUGUUUGUUGAUUGGUUGGUUUCUAUGGGACAAAAAGUUGUAUGUUUUUGUGCGAGUCACCUAGUACCCUUUCCUACGAUUUCACCAUCUCGUACCAAAUAUUUUGAGUUGUCAUGAGAUUAUGUUGCCCUCAUCACAGGAUUCGAGACAACGUUCCCAGUUUUCGAUGGCCCUGCUUUUGUGAGUUGAGAACAAUGAGCACUUAACAUUAUAAAGGAUAGUAAAUACAGAAGAGUGCACAAGUGAAACAGCAUUCUUUGUUUUGUCUUGUCUUGUUCUAUGACUCACCACGGUGAGGCAGCUAAUGUGUGCUUGUCUGUUGUACUAUAUCCACAAAUUUGAUUUAAAUUAAUUUUUUUAACUGUUGAAUUGCAAAAGUGAACUCCAUUGUUUUCAUCUUAUGAAAAAAAAAAUGCCAAACCAGGUUUAAAACAACCAGCAUUUGAAUGGUCACGUUUGUUGUCACAAAAACGGUUAUGGACAAAUGAAUGUUCAAUGACGGAGUUGAAACCGAACUUUGAUGUAUGUGUGCUUGUCAAAUUAAUGUUAUCUGUGGAGCUUUGAUUAAAAAAACUGAUAUUUCUCAGCAUAUCUGUGGUGUGCACAAUAUGAUUUAACAUAAUGAUGGUUUAUUUUGGCAUAAAUGUACAGUGUAAAUAGAUGUAAAUCUGUAUAUAAAAGAAGGAAACUAAAACGUUUUUUGAUGUCUCUUGAUUUAUAAGUUGAGAGAAUGGGGGAAUUUUGCUUAAAAAGGCGGUUAUAGCAGUAAUUAUGUGAUAGAUUUUUUUUCUUUUAGUAACUUGUUAGAUUGUGUGAAUGGUUUGUCCUUGCACAAUUCUAAUGUUCUUUAGGGGUUUUCUAUCAAAAACAUCAAUCAGUUUAAGACAUUGUGUUCUGAUUUAAAAA